CAUUAGUCACGCGUGUAUCCGGCGCGGGCGCAGGUCGCGUCGCUCUGCACUCUGCGUCUCGAUAAUAACGUAACACUGUUUGCAAUAAAAAAAAAACUCGUUAAAACGAAAGAGAAACGACUUCUUUUGUCGCUAAAGGGUAGUAGGUCAGUGAAAAGUUUAAGUAAAAGUGAUUAAAAAGUUAAAAGGGACACACCGAAACAGUUUAUAAUUUUUGCCUUGAUUUUUGGAAAUAUUGAUUGGGUUUUAGUGACUGAUAGUGUUUAAUUAAAAGGAAAACAUGACAUGAGUAUAGUGAUUUCAUCCAAGAAAUUGUUGUUACUAGAAAUGUGAGUAAUGUGACUCAACUAAUAUGACAUUGGAUUGUGAUAACAGUGCUGUGGAAUUUAUUUCUUUCAAAUAAAUCGUCUAGUGCUAGAGUCACGUUGUGUAUAGUGUCUGUAUUUACAUAAAAGUUAAACGUUUACAAGUUCUCCUUGGCUAGAAACUAAGAUCUGAAAAUCGAAUCUUCAAAAUGCAACGACCGAUAAUGCGAUUGCUCAUCUGGGCGUGUCUGGUGGGGCUCUGCUGGUGUCAAAGGGCGGAGCACCUGCUCGCACAGAACCCCUGCUCCAGCAAGACGAGCUGCAGCAACUGCAUUCGCACCCCCAGCUGUGCGUGGUGCUUCGCCCCCGAGUUCAAUGGACCCCGGUGCUUCAACCCCGCGAUGGAGGGCGGCACCGCAGGCUGCAGCGAGGAGUAUAUCUUCAACCCGGACAACCAGCGCUCUAUCGACCCUAUAUACAAUAAGGAGCUGACUAGAGCACAAGGCCGCAUGAGCAUGAGCUCGUCUACCUUCGAAGAGUCCAGCAUGAAAGGCGGCAGCUUCGCAGCUGGCGGCGGAGGCUUCGGAGCAGCGGCUGGUGGCGACAACCUGGUGCAAAUCAGGCCACAGCGAGUCAAACUGCAGUUGAGACAAAAUGCGAUGCAGACGCUGUCUUUCUCGUACUCCCAAGCUCAAGAUUAUCCCGUUGACUUGUACUACCUUAUGGACCUCAGUCGCUCCAUGAAGAACGACAAGGAGAAGCUCAGUACCCUCGGAUCUCUGCUGUCCAGUACCAUGAGGAAUAUUACAUCAAAAUUCAGAAUUGGUUUUGGUUCCUUUGUGGAUAAACUCGUCAUGCCAUAUGUGUCAACUGUGCCUAAAAACUUGAAAUCGCCUUGCGAGGGCUGCGCUGCUCCCUAUGGAUUCAUCAACCAGAUGUCGCUUAGCACCGAUACUGAUAGUUUUGACAGGGCAGUAGCGGACGCAGACGUGUCCGGCAACCUGGACGCGCCGGAGGGCGGCUUCGACGCCAUCAUGCAGGCCGUGGUGUGCAAGCAGCAGAUCGGCUGGCGAGACCAGGCCCGGAGGCUGCUGGUGUUCUCGACCGACGCCGGGUUCCAUUAUGCUGGGGACGGCAAGCUUGGAGGUAUCGUUCAACCAAACGACGGAGAAUGUCACAUGGAAAAUAAUACGUACACGCAUUCAACCAUUCAAGAUUACCCAAGUAUUUCACAGAUCAAUCUAAAGGUGAAACAAAACGCAAUAAACGUUAUAUUCGCGGUGACGACGGAACAAAUUGGCGUGUACGAGGAACUGAGCAAACACAUCGAGGGCUCAAGUAGUGGUGUGCUCAGUGAAGACUCGGGUAACGUCGUGGAGCUCGUGAGAGACCAAUAUAAUAAAAUUACGUCCACAGUCGAGAUGAAAGAUACAUCAAGCGAUGCCGUGCAAAUAUCUUAUUACUCAUCGUGCAAGGGCGGCAAGGAGAAGGAGCAGACCAACAAGUGUGACGGGCUCAAGGUUGGAGAUGUAGUCGAAUUCACCGCUGAGAUCACGUUGAAGGAGUGCCCGAAGGACCCCGAAAAGUGGAAACAAUCAUUCCAGAUUUACCCUGUCGGUGUGUCUGAGACCCUUCACGUGGAAGUGGAAAUGCUCUGUGACUGUCCCUGCGAGCAUAAAGGACACCAUGCCUACGACGACAGCGUAUCCGUAUGCAGCGGGCAAGGCAUCUCCGCUUGUGGAGUUUGCCUCUGCAACCCCGGGCGCUUCGGAAAGGGCUGCGAGUGCUCGGCGCACGGCGGCGUGUCCCUGGAGCAGGAGCGCGGCUGCCGCCCCACCAACGCCACCUUCGGGCCGCUGUGCUCCAACCGCGGCACUUGUAUCUGCGGCGUGUGCGAGUGCAACAAGAUGGAGGACUCCUCCAAGGUGAUAUCUGGCCCGUUCUGCGAGUGCGACAACUUCACGUGCGACUUGAACAAGGGCAAGCUGUGCUCGGGCCCCGAGCACGGCGAGUGCGUGUGCGGCAAGUGCAGCUGCCGGCCCGAGUACACCGGGCCCGCCUGCCAGUGCCUGCGCGACCAGGCGCCCUGCCGCUCGCCCGAAAACGGUGAAAUCUGCAGCGGCAACGGAAAAUGUGUGUGUGGCCAGUGCGUGUGCAACGUCGACGACGAUCGCCACUACUCCGGCAAAUACUGCGACAAGUGUCCGACGUGCCCGGGCAAGUGCGGCGAGUUCAAGGAGUGCGUGCAGUGCGAGGCGCACCAUCGAGGCCCGCUGUACACAGAGGAGCCCACGGGCGCGCCCUGCGGCAACUGCGCGCUACACCCCAUCAUCGUCGAGGGCAAACUCGAAGCGAACGAAACAUUGAACGAGCAUUUAUGUAGUUUCUACGACGACGAAGACUGCUUGUACCUUUACGUGUACUCGUACGACGAAAACCAGCGCUUGCUCAUCCGGGCGCAGAAGGAACGAGAAUGUCCAAAGAAGGUGUUCAUCCUGGGCAUAGUCCUGGGCGUGAUCGCGGCCAUCGUGCUGGUGGGGCUGGCGCUGCUGAUGCUGUGGAAGAUGGUCACCACCAUCCACGAUCGCCGCGAGUUCGCGCGCUUUGAGAAGGAGCGCAUGAUGGCCAAAUGGGACACCGGCGAGAAUCCUAUCUACAAGCAGGCGACCUCAACCUUCAAAAACCCCACGUACGCUGGGAAAUAAUGUGGAUAAUAUUAACUUGACGACACUAAACCAACACACAAGUGUCUGGAGCGGUGAAGACACUUUCUUCGUCGGUUGCAUUUCAUAAGUAAAACAGUAGCAUUAAAAAUAUUAAAAUUGUGAAAGCUUAUUGCUGGUGUUAGAAAAAGUUGCCUUAUAUUGUGCCUUUCAUAUAUUAAAACAUGUUUUAGUGUUUAUUAUACACUCAUCCGCACAUUAUUGACUAGACUUAAUGUAAUAUUACGUGACUAUAUUUUUGUCAGUUUUAAAAAAAUACAAAAAACUGUUUCAAUGCUUAUCGAAUAGAAAUUCUGCGUUGCAAAUUUUAAGGUCUGGAAUAAUCUCAAUAUUAUUAUAUUGAAAGCGUUUUGUACUUAUAUGAGGGAGCGGUAUGUGCUUAUGUGUGUGUAGAUGUAGACUCGGCAAGGUACGAAUUGAAAUUUAGCUUUCCUUGCUUGAAAAGUUUGUAGCAUCCAGAAAAGUAGUGUUGUAAAAUAUCUGUCACAACGACCUGUUUAAUUGUAGAAAUAUUGUAUUCAGAGGCAAUCUCGAGUCUGGAAAUCAGUACAUUAUUUUUUUGUGGAUAAAGAUUUUGUAUGUAGUCAUAAAAAGAGUUUAGACGUUAUAGAUGAAUGAAAUUAGAUGUGUUUGUGAACGUGUGUAAGGGGACUCAUUUUGGUUGUCUGUAUUGUCACUGCCAACAGUCAAGGUUUAAUAGGGUAUUUUACUACAGUCUGCCUUAUUUACUACAUUAUUUCUUGUACUGUCUUUCUUUCUAUUAUCUUUUCUACACUUCUAUUAUACGUGUGCAACUCACAUUUAUUGUAUUAUUAAUUUUUUAAUUUACUUAUAAGUAACUUUAUCAAAAAAGGCAAAAAUAGUAAAUUUACCCUAUUGUCUUCAUCAUAUUGUGUAUGAGAAUGUAUAUUUAAUAGAUUCAAGUUGGCUUCCCUAAUAUUCUGGUGCCUUAUACACCCUAUUAACAGUAAAUAAUAAAACUAGUGCCAUUACUAAUAUAUAAAUGAAGCGGUAUUCCGUAUGUAAUAUUUAUUAAAUUAGAUAUUUUGUAAUGACUUGAAUAUUAAUUUUAUUCUGUAAGUGACAUUUCUGAUUAUACGUAAGUUCAAUUUUGUAUUUACCUUAAUUAAUAAUAUUUUGCAUUUUUGUCAAGUUUUUCUAUCGUUAUUUUUAGGUAUUCUCUGACAACACUUUAGUCUUGCCUUUGUAAAAUUAUUUAAAACAUACUUGAAAUAUUUGAAUAAUCUGUAAUUCAAUAUACCUAAUAAGAGCUUAAGUUUAUUUUCAAUAUUUUCAAAGAAUCAAAAUAUAAAAUAUACGCCAAUAGAGGUUUUGAGAUAUUUACGUUUGUAUAUAAUUAUUUUGAUAAAUCUAUAAAUUAUUUUUAUUUUGUCGUGGUCUCUAAUAGUAGCUAAUAAAAAUAUUAACUCUA